GCCCUCGGCACCACCGGUCUGCGUGUCUGCCUCAUAUUCAAUCGUCCUCGCUGUGUGUUCGCCUGUUCUUUUCUUACCUGCCUUCCCCCUCGUGGACUGUGCUUGCGCACUUUGUUUGGAGCUGCCAACAUGACACUGUUUGGCCAAUGUUCCAACCGCCAUAAUGAAACCCGAUGUCCCUCCAUCUUAUGAGAGCGCAGUCAGUCGCGAAGCAUGGACCGUCAUUGCACCUUGGAUUCCCUCGAGUGACCUCUGUUCGGCCUGCCUCGUUUCCCAGAAGUGGUAUUCCAUCUUCAUUCCUUUUCUCUGGGGUGAUCCAGCCUCGCAUUUCGGCAUCGCCAACGAUGCAGUCUACGUCGCCCUCACACGGUUCAAAAGGACUCUCCGCAAGGCACGACCGAGUGUGAGGAGCCUGACGCAUACUCUGCAUCUUCCUCCCGCGCUGAGCGAAAUAUAUGGUGGACCCAAUCCCACCUGGCUGCGCGACGUUCUAGAAUUCCUUCCGAAUCUACAGAGCCUCAUAGUCACCAGACUACCCUUCUUCGAUCAUCAUAGUCUGAACGCCCUCAGGGCUGUAGGCGGCGCAAAGAGAUCGGAUGGAGAACAAGAGGUUUUACCCUCUUUUGGGUUAAAGCUGCUGCUGGCUUGUGGCGAGCCCAAUACCACAUCGUCUGCGUUGGCAGGCGCAUUGCCCAGGUUCUCGAGUCUGGUCUACCUCGACCUCUCAUACACGUCGCCAGCUCGAGAUGCCGCAGUCCUGGCGUCGAUGUCCUACCUGCCUGAUCUACAAGUCCUCAAGCUGCGCGGUGUUGGCCUCAGGGACGGGGAAGCCGAGGUUCUGGCCAACUCUGUAGGGAUUCGAGUCCGCUUGCUGGACGUCAGGGACAAUUCCUUGACCGACAUGGCCGUGAGAUCGCUAAUGCAAGCCUGCUUCCUGGGCCCAAACGCAACACAAACUGGUACUUCGAAUCUGGAGGACUGGCCGGUGGGCAUGGCGCCAGGGCCAGAUUUCUUCAGUCUUGACACUCUUCGAAAUGAGGAUCUUGACCAUGAGCUGUUAAAGCAGUUGACUAGACCUUUGACCGGAAGACUAGCGUUUGAAGAUAUACCCCAUCGAGGUCUGACACAUCUCUACAUUUCAGGAAAUCGGCUGUCCGUGGAAGGGCUGGCGAGUCUACUCAAAUCCGAGCGUCUACAUAUCCUGGAUGGCGGAUCCGUUGAUACUGUCAAGACCAUUGCAAGGACUCGGUCUCUGUCAUCGCCGACUGGAUAUAUUGAUGAAGUACGAUUUCCUGGUGCUGAGAAGCUUAUUCCAGUCCUUGCAAAAUCCGCCAGCAAGAACCUGACUUACCUCCGAGUCGACCACGCUUUGAUUACAGCAAAGCUGGAAGGUAUCCAGGACGCCAUCAAGCCGAAGACUUCUCAACAACCAACAGAAGUAGCCGGCUCUGAGCCACUCGCUGCCGAAUUACCUCCUGAGGACAGGCAUGUUGUAGAAGCCGCAGCUCCGGCCCAUCACCCAGUAGAGUUACCAGGAGUCGAUGAACAAAUUUACGAGAUGGAUGCUACUCCGGCACAACCCCGUGUCGAACUCAUAGGUGAUGUUAUCUACUUUGCAGUCAGUCCACCUAUCGGAGAGAAGCCGCAGGAGGCAGGAUCUAUUGAGGAAACUCACCAUCCUGUCAGGGGAGAAGGCCCAUUUGCGCCAGAAGUGGUCAAUGUAGGCAGCCAUCUAGGGGACAGCCAUGCCGAAGAACAAGCAAUUGGGACUGGAUCCGAGGCGGAGAUUUCUGAUGAAACCGGCACUCACAGUACUAGCAGUACAGGCAGAUCGUUGUUUUCACCCGUUUCUCCUGUGACUGCUCAUGGCACUGGCACUUUUCAGUCUUUCCAGCCUUUGGUAGCUCCAGCAAUUCCCAAGCACAAACCACCGCCGCUGCCUCCAACAUCUGCACCUUCGUAUGACGCUCCAGCGCAUCCCAGUCCGUUACGAAACAGCACGACGCUAUCACCUCCACCUGCUCAAACUCAACACCGCGUUGCACGAAUCGAUGCACUGCGUGCGAAACGACCCACAGAUCUGCUUUCCAAAGCUCACAAUGGUUCGAAAUCGGCUCAAAUCACGGUCUCUAACUUGAGCAUUCUACAUCCAUCCCUGCUACCAAACCUGAGGACGUUGGUCUUGACCAAUGUUCCGACUACAGCCCCCAAAUCAUCGCCAGUACUUGACAGUUUGAAGUCUUUCAUUUCUACCUGUGCGGAUGAGUCUGCUCUCAGCUACCUUCUUGCCCGCACAGACUACUCUCUACCCCCGGGCAGAGCUAGGCAUAUGGCAGAACUUGAACAAGCACGGUCACUAUUUGCACUCCGUACCAUUGUGCUGGAGAUGGGACAGCCGGAGACGGCGGCAACAAGUGGCCAGAGAAGAUGGCAACACUCCCGUCAAGCCCUCAGCAUGAGCAAAUCGUCAACUGGAGACAUGGACAGUGAAAAUCUAUGGUCUGCAGCUGAAAAUGAUUUCAGUUUCUUUGGUGAGGAGGGCGAAGAGCAAGACGAGUGUGGGAUAUACGAACAUGACCCAGAGAAAUAUUUUCCGAGGGCCCAUUUCGAUGAAAAGAUCCUAUUGUCACCUGAAGAUUCUCACCGUGAGAACGGCUCCAAUAGCCCACAUGGGAGUCUACAUGGUUACCCCACACUACUUUCGAUGAAUCUUGGUAACGGCACCGGCACACUGCAGAGUCCGAGGAGUUUACCGCUGGGUCGGAAUCGAAGAGCCUCGAAUGAAAGCCAACGAAGUAUAGAACCAAGACGCCUUGUCGCCGAGGUGCCUGCAGCUCAAGUCUCUCCGAAGUUUCUGCACAACAAAAAGCAUUCGCAGAUGAGACCAUCCACAUCGAGCACCGGACAAGAGGAGCAGGCUGAACCAAACGUUGAUGUCAUCGCCGAACUCGCAGCCUGGAGAAAGGAGCGGAAGAAGGCCUACGAAGACGAACUGGCUAAAUACAAGAGGAGUCGUACUGGCCAUGCAAGCAACCGUUCCAACAGCUCAUCGGGCCCCCGAGGCUAUGGAUACGGAUUUGACCAUGACGCAGGGCCGGGUUCGAUUGCAUUUGCACAAACAAAUGGUAACGGGGCUACUCGUCCUGAGACACCGACUGGCCCGACUGGCGAGAUCAACGAUCUCGAUAUGAAUUUUGUCGAAGGACACUGGAAAGGCGAGAUCAAAGUCGUCCGAAACGCCACGCCGAAAGGCAGAACUGGUGUCGUGGAUAUGUAUGGGAAUUAUUUCGAGAAGGGGUAUUUAUAUCCUUGAUCGCGUCGUCCAUUUUUUGGUUGUACAAUGUACAAUAUUGUCGGUCAUUUAGCAUGGCGUCGUGGGUUACCUGUAUAGUUGAGGUCAUUUAUACCCAAGCACAGCUGUGCGUGUUAAGCGAAGAUAUCAUGACUCUUUAGCAAUUGUA